AAGAAAGAAGGCAGGCAAGCGAUGGCAAAACAUGGAAUGAAUGAAUAAAACGGCAGCGGAUGGUGUAAUGAAACCUCAACCUCUCCAUGGAGGAGAAGAGGGAGAAAACCUGAGUGGAAUGGAGAAGAGGAGCACCGUCUCCCCCUCCUCCUACGACUAGCUAUAGAAGAUAGCCGAGAAGAAAGCUUGGUGUUAGCAGAAGAAGAAGAGGAGCAAAUGGAAGCAGUGCUGCCGCUUGCCGAGGACGAUUGGGUGGAGGUGCUUCGUUCUCUCGCGGCCAAGGAAGGGGAGUCCUCGCUCGAGCUCGAGCUCGCCAGUGACGAUGGCGGCGGCUGCUACCUCCGGUCGGCGAGGAAGGAUGCGGUGGAGUGGGUGUCGCGCGCUGCGGCGCGCCACGCCUUCUCCCCCCUCACGGCGGUCCUCGCCGUGAACUACCUCGACCGCUGCUUCCUCUCCCGCGCCGCGGGCGGUGGGCUCCGGCUCCAAGACGACAAGCCAUGGAUGGGGCGUCUUGCGGCCGUCGCUUGCCUCUCCCUGGCGGCAAAGGUGGAGGAGACGCGCGUCCCUCUCCUGCUCGAUCUCCAAGCAGAGGAGGGGAAGUACGUGUUCGAGCCGAGGACCAUAAGGCGGAUGGAGCUUCUGGUUCUCGCCGCCCUCCGCUGGAGGAUGAAUCCCGUCACCCCCCUCUCAUUCAUCCACCACCUACUCCCCCGCCUCCGUUCUAAGGAUAAGAACGCCAACACCGAUCCCUCCGCCGCCACCGGCAUUGCCACGGCUCGGAGGUGUGAAGCGGCUCUCCUGUCGGCAAUAGCUGAUUGGAGAUGGGUUCAGUUUCCUUCAUCGGUCUGGGCAGCGGCGGCACUACUCCAAGCGUCCGCGGUGGCGGCUCAAGAAAGCCACUGCCUCAUCUCCCUCCUCAACGUCCCAAUGGCAAAAGUGGAAGAAUGCCAUCAGCUAAUGCUGGAAUCAGCGAGCGCCGCCAUUACCGGACACAAGCGCAAGCAUUCGUCUUCCGUUUUCCACUACUGUUCAUCGCCACCGAGCCCCAUUGGGGUGGUCGGCUCCUGCUUCGGCAGCGAGAGCUCAAGCGACUCCCAGGCGAUGCGGCCGCCAUCACCCGCGGCACAUCCUCUCCAGAAGCAGAUCAAUGGCAGUGAGAGAGGAAGGUGUUGAUUCUGUUGGAGUACAAGUAUCAUCUGUGCCUUCCAUCUCUGCCAUUGCUCUGAGUUCCUGGGAGCAAUUUUAGUUGGCUUUUGAGGUGGUAGCUAUGGAGAAGAAGAAGAAGAAGAGAUGGGUGGCAUUGUUCUUUUCCAAUUCCCAACUGUAGCAGUGCUCCUCUUUCCUACUGUUCGGAUAGCUACUAGUUCUCUUGGCCCAGUUCUCAUCAAUGCUUUGCUCUCUCUCUCUCUCUCUCUCCACGAAGAAACCCAACGUCGAAGCCCGUCUCAGCACUCCAAAGACUCUUGAAUCCACACCACCUAAUACAACUAAAGCACCUUAGUCCUCCCUCUUAACGACAGUGCUUUUCUCCAACUUUUCCUCUCAAUCUAAGAGACCUGGUUUAAGCAGAAAAGCUUCCUUUAUUCCAUUACAGGUCAUUCCUCGAGCAAAUAAUAAAAAGGCCAAAGGACUCAAGCAAAGAGAGAGAGAGAGAGAGAGAGACUACUGUGCUCCUUUUGUUUUCUUCUCUUUGGGACUUACCGUGAAGAGGAGUGGGAUGGGCAAAGCCCACCAACUGAAACCAUCUUUUCCUCCGUAGUAGAAGAGUCUGCAAUGGACUGAGCGGAGCUUUGCAGCAGUCAACACACAAAUGCCUCCUUGGAACCG